GAGUCUUUCGAACCCUAAUAACCAGAGUCGGGAAUCUCCCUCCUGCUUCCCAGUUAGGAAGGCGAUGAGGGCGGUGACGGGAUCGGUGGCUUCGUCGAGACCUAUAUCCCUGUCGAAGGCGGCCGCCGUCCUUGCUCGCUUUACCGCUGGCCAGACCGACGCGCGCCCGGACGUCGCUGCCUUCGUUCGCCACGCCUCCGCCGCCUUCGACGAGCUCGUCAUCUUCCACCGCGCAAACCGAGCCGCCCGGAAGCACCCCGAGCUGUAUGUGUCCGAGAACAGCAGGAAGGAGGUGGAGACGUGGAAGAGCAGAAAAAGGAGCAGAGAAGACCCGCAAAUCGGCAAAAAAGCUACCCGUGGAGUCGGAGUCCAUGGUAAGGACGCGAAUUUUGUGGAAGAAGAUGGAAAUGGAUUUGGUAGUCAUGGCGAGAAGAAGAAACAGCAUAGUGGGAAGGGCUUCAUGGAGGAAAGGAACCGUCUUGCUGUAAAGGAGGGGAAGCUUUUGCAUAGCAGUGAUGGUGUUGAGUCACAGGAAGAUGGAAAUGGAAGGAGGAAGAAGAUGAAGCCAGAGGUAGAUGAAGUGAUUCUACACCGAAAUCCGACACAGCACUCUUUUUCUGGAGCAGAAUUGAUGGAGCUGGAGGAUCAGAAAGAUCAUCACAAGAAGAAAAGGAAGAAGAGAGAAAAAGCUUUAUGAAGAAGCUUCAUUGCUGAUCUUAUUCAGGAAACUAAGAUAACUCAAGAUGAACACCACCAUGAAUGCAGCAAAUGUCUCUUAAUGUUCUGUUAAAUGUCCAUAGAGAAAUUUGGUUAUUAGGGAAGAUCUGUUGGAAGAGAAAAGUCUCCAGACUCCCCAGGUAAAGCGGAAAAGGUGGCACCUUUACCCCCAAUUUCGGUAUUAAUAAAAUUGAAAAACCGUCAAGAUCUGCCGCUCAGCAAGAAUCGAACACGAAAAGCAAAAUCCAAAGGAAACUUUUCGAUCGGUAGGGCAAGCGGUAACGCAACACCGACAGAAAUGUUGAAACCCCAUCAUUCGAGGUCCAAUUUCGGCACUAUCAAAAAACAGAAAAUCUGUCAGAUCUGUCCUCGCUCCGCAAAGAAUCGAACACGGAAAGCAAAAUCCAAAAGGAAACUAUUCGAUCAGGAGGGCGAGCAUCGAGAACAAUCACAAAGCGUGGGAAUCUCAGAUCGGAAGGAGCCGCGAGCUCAACCAUGUGGCAAAGGGGCGAGAAGAUUGAAAGCGAAAGAGAGAUUGCAGCAAGGGGAAUUUGUAACCUACCUGUGGAAGAUGAGAGAUCCGAUGCGGAGAGGAGGGAGGUGGAUAAGGCGACGGCACGCCGCCCGCCGGCGUCGAGGCGAUUGCCAGAUCGGCGACGGGCUCGGACCAAAGAGCAGGAGGAGGAUU